CCAAUGCAAGGGUAUUCUUGUCAUUUUACGAAACAAAACAAAAACAAUCCUUGGUCUCCGAUUUCGAAAAUCCGAAGAGGGGAAAGCUGCAGAGCAAAGCAAAGAACUCCAAUGGUGUGCGAGAAGUGCCAGAAGAAGCUAUCGAAGGUGAUCGUGCCUGAUAAAUGGAAGGAAGGCGCCUCCAACACCACCGAAAGUGGUGGCCGGAAAAUCAACGAGAAUAAGCUCCUCUCCAAAAAGCACAGGUGGACUCCUUAUGGAAAUACUAAGUGCCUCAUUUGCAAGCAGCAAGUGCAUCAAGACGCCAAGUAUUGUCACACUUGUGCUUAUUCCAAAGGGGUAUGUGCUAUGUGUGGUAAGCAAGUGCUUGACACCAAGCUUUACAAGCAGAGCAAUGUAUAAUAAGGUGUAGUAGCUGAUCUUCAAGUAGAUAUCAUUGUUGCUCUUUAUCAUUGAUAACUCACCAACGUGGUAACAGAGGCUGUAAACGAUCAUCAAACUGUUAAUGUUUAUGUUGUAUGUUUGUUGGUCUUCUUUCUGAUCAUUUGUAUUUCUUUCCUUUCAUGAUUUUACUAGCAAACAGAAUCCUUUCAAUAUAGGUAUGCCACUAAUCAUGUCUAUAGCUGGAGUAACAAGUGGUACUAAUUGCUCCAAAAUCGGUUUUCUUUUCAAUCAAGUUUGCAAGGGCCAAACUUUAAGUUGGGUUGACUAUGAUUUUAUUUAUGUUGACCAUGCAAUCGGUAGAUUUGUUAUUUAUCUGCUUCAUUGCAUGGGUAUUUAUUGGUUCCUUUCCCUUCCUUCCUGGAGGGAUGAUGCCUUGAGGCAUCUGGUUUGAGUAGCAUGCCACUUAAAUAGGGUUUAAAUUGGAAUGUAAAAGCCA